AUGUCUCCCAAAAUUCUCCGUUUCUCUCACAGGAGCCGCCCUUCCAGGCAAGAACGUCUCGUUCUCACCUGCUCUCUCGCCCUCGCGACCCUCAUAGCAGCAUUCGCUCUGCUCGUCCCAUCAGCCGCCGCCGCGCUGAAGCUCGGCCCUUAUAUCGCGCCGGGCGCCACGGACAACCGCGGCCCGUGCCCGGCCUUCAACACCAUGGCGAAUCACGGCGUCUUUCCGCGCGACGGCUCCGCCGUCAAGCGCAAGCGCAUCGUCAACGCCUUCCGCAAGUUCUACUCCUUCUCGCCCACGGUGACGAACGCGCUGAUCAACGGCGCCAUGUCGAAAGGCGUGGGGGAUAAAAAGGCGGGGACGAUCGAUCUCGUGCAGCUCCGCGCGCACAAUAAGAUCGAGCACGACGUGUCGCUGGUCCGCGACGACGCGUAUCUCGGUAACAACUACGAAGUUAACGUUACGCUCUUCAACCAAAUGCUCAAGUUCUCCUCCACGAAAAAAUACAUCACUCUUCGCGAGAUCGGCCGCUUCCGCAAGCACCGCUUCUACGCGUCCCAUAAGAACAAUCCCCAGCUCAAUUACGACACGAAUUUCGAAGCCGUGGCGUUCGGGGAAGCAGCGGCGCUGGCAGGAGUGUUCGGCGGAAGGCUGCGCUUUUACGCGGUUCCGAUUGACUACCUCAAGUCUUUUCUCCGUGAUCAACGGUACCGGAACUCAUCAUUUCAACCCCUCACGUAG